ACGUUUCUCGUCGUAAUGUGGUUAAAACGCACUCAGUGCCAUGCCUUGAGUGUAGAAGGCGGCGGCACGUCGCAGCGCCACACCAGGUUGGGGGCCGAGGCGAGGAGGUGUAUCCGGUUCAAGAGACCGAGAAGGCAGCGCGCGUUCCCCUCGAGGGCGCACAACGACCCCACGCGCGGCCUCGGCGGAGCUGGAAAGGGGAGGGCGCCGUGCCUCUGUCCCGCCCUGGCCGGAAGUAGCGCCUGCGCCUGCGCAGUGCGCACCAGCGGCUGCGCGGCAGGCCGCGGAGCUGGUCUGAUGGCGUCGGUCAUGGAACCUGGCGGCAGCGCAGACCUUCCGAGCGCCUUCGUGCUGAGCAACCUGGCGGAAGUGGUGGAGCGCGUGCUCGCCUUCCUGCCCGCCAAGGCGCUGCUGCGCGCUGCCGGCGUGAGCCGGCUCUGGAGUGCGUGCGCGCGCCGCGUGCUGCGGGGCCAACGCGCCGUGGCCUGGGUGUCCGUGGGCCGGGUCGACGGCUUCUCGGACGUCGCCCCCGACGGGCACCGACUGCUGCGCGCCGUGGCCGAGGAGCUCGAGAAUGUUCGCAUCUUACCGAGGACGGUCCUGUACAUGGCCGAUUCGGAAACAUUUGUUAGUCAGGAGCAGCGUCGGGGCCAUGUGAAAGCAAGGAAAAAAAUGAGUAUGGAAACAGCAGUUGCCCUUGAGAAGCUGUUCCCAAAACAGUGCCAAGUCCUCGGGAUUGUGACCCCAGGAAUCGUAGUGACUCCAAUGGGAUCAGGUAGCAAUCGACCUCAGGAAAUAGAAAUUGGAGAAUCUGGUUUUGCUCUGUUAUUUCCUCAAAUUGAAGGAAUAAAAAUACAGCCCUUUCAUUUUAUUAAGCAGUCAAAGAAGUUAACCCUAGAAAAACAUGAGCUUACUAAAGUGGGUCUUCUAGAUAACCCAGAGCUGCGUGUAGUGCUUGUGUUUGGCUAUAACUGCUGUAAAGUGGGAGCCAGCAGUUACCUGCAGCGUGUGGUCAGCACUUUCAGUGACAUGAACAUCAUCUUGGCUGGAGGCCAAGUGGACAGUUUGUCAUCACUGACCUCUGAGAAGAGCCCUCUGGAUAUCAAUGCCACCGGAGUGGUUGGAUUGUCCUUUAGUGGACUCCGCAUCCAGAGUGCCACAGUGCUCCUUAAUGAGGAUGUCAGUGAUGAAAAGGCCGUGGAGGCGGCUAUGCAGCGCCUCAAGGCAGCCAACAUCCCAGAGCAGGACACCAUCGGCUUCAUGUUCGCAUGCGUUGGCCGGGGCUUCCACUAUUAUCGAGCCAAGGCCAAUGUUGAGGCUGAUGCAUUCAGAAAGUUUUUCCCUAGUGUGCCUUUAUUCGGCUUCUUUGGAAAUGGAGAAAUUGGAUGUGACCGGAUAGUCACAGGGAACUUUAUACUGAGGAAGUGUAAUGAGGUAAAGGAUGAGGAUCUGUUCCACAGCUAUACAACAAUAAUGGCACUCAUUCACCUGGGGUCAUCUAAAUAAAGCAGCUUUCACAGCA